GUCUUACUAGGAAGAGGCUGACCAGUGUAAAGUGCAUGACAUCUGUAAACAGACUCCAGUCUUUUCGAAUUGUCUCCAGGGUUGGAUGAAUUAUAGCAAACGUUAAAAAAAAAAUAACUGAAAAGGUGUGCACUGUCAAAAUGUUGUGGAGUAAAACCUUCUGCCACUACACUGUGCUCCUCCUGAGCCUGUGGUUCUGUGUGGAAGCAGUGCCCAUCGCUGUGGACAAGACUGAAGUGGAAACCCCAGAGGAGAAACUGGAGGCACCACAGAGUGUGGACACCGGGCUUCACUAUGACCGCUACCUCAGGGAAGUCAUUGAUUUCCUGGAGAAGGACCAGCAUUUCAGAGAGAAGCUCCACAAUACAGACAUGGAGGACAUUAAGCAAGGCAAGCUGGCCAAAGAGCUGGACUUUGUCGGCCAUCAAGUGAGGACCAAACUGGACGAGCUGAAGAGGCAGGAGGUGAACAGGCUAAGGACGCUCAUCAAAGCCAAACAAGACGCUGAGGGAGGGAAUGAAAUGAACCACAAGGCGCUGCUCAAGCAGUUUGAGUACAUGAACCACAUGAACCCACACACCUUUGAAGUGGAGGACCUGGAUAAGCUUAUUCAAUCGGCUACUAAUGACUUGGAGAACUAUGACCAGAAGCGUCACGAGGAGUUUAAGAGGUACGAGAUGAUGAAGGAGCACGAGAGGAAGGAGCACUUGAAGAACCUCGACGAGGAGCAUCGCAAAGACGAGGAGCAGCACUAUGAAGAGCUGAGGAAGAAACACGCAGACCAUCCUAAAAUCAACCACCCUGGCAGUCAGGACCAGCUGAAAGAGGUCUGGAAGGAGUCAGAUGGUUUGGACCCAAAUGACUUUGACCCCAAGACCUUCUUCAAACUCCAUGACACCAAUGGAGACAGCUACAUUGAUGAGCAGGAGCUUGAAGCCCUGUUCACUAAAGAGCUGGAGAAGAUGUACAGACCCAAUCUAGAUGAGGAUGACAUGACAGAGAUGGAGGAGGAGAGACUGCGCAUGAGGGAACACGUCAUGAAUGAGGUAGACACCAACAAGGACAGACUGGUCUCCCUGGAGGAGUUCCUGAUGUCCACAAACAAAAAAGAGUUCUUCGAGCCAGACAGCUGGGAGACUCUGGAGCAGGCUCCCGCGUACACCGACGAGGAGAUGAAGUUGUUUGAGGAGCAGCUGGCCCAGGAGGAGAGCAACCUCAACCAGAAGAACUCAGAUCUACAGAAACAGAAGGAGGAGUUGGAGAGGCAGCAGGAGAAGCUCAAUGCCCAGAAAGCUGAGCUGCAGCAGGCUGUGGAACACAUGCAGAUAAUAAAAUUGGAAAAAGCAAACGCCGCCAUUGAGGUUAAAGAUGGUGGCGCUACAGUAGCAGUGCCCCCUGGAGGUCAAGCAUUGCCAGUACUACCAGGAGACACCCUACCUCUACCCCCCGGUCACCAACAACACUUACCUGCACGCUCUUAGCAGUCCCGGAAGCUUUUUCUGUGUGUGGAUCUGUGUGUUUGCGUGUGUGUGUAUAUAUAAAUCUCGCAGUGAAUCAGUUUUAGUCUGUUUUAAUGUGUUGUCAGACCUCCGGAUUUCCCAACACACACCCGAAUGCACACAUACAGUCCAACAAUUUCCAGACACUAGCUGAUCCAAUUAGAAUGUAGCCUUUUUGAUUUUGACCCAUUUCUAGUUGUGGCAUUCUGUAGCUGACAGGAGCAGCCAGCACAACCGACAAGACUUGAAAGAAUCUGAACCAGACAUUCUGUGGACAAUCUACUCUUCGUUAUUAGUUCAUUAUAACCUAUUGACAACCACGGCACAGUUCUAGAUGGGAUGUGCUUUGGGAGAAGUGGGAAGGGUUUUUGUUCCUGAAUAUUAGCAGAAUGUGUGCAGUAUUUCGUUUUCUACCUAGUUAGGUAGGCUACCCAGUGGCAUCGCUUCUUUGGAGAAACAUGUUUAAAAUACAUUUGGUUGAAUAGUUUACAGAGGUGGGAAAAUAAAGGUCAAAUGAAUUCCUAUUUUGACAUGCUGCUUGUUAGUAUGUCAACCUCAAUAAGUUCAAAUUUACCUUGAUAAUAAAUAGCCUUGCCGAUUCAUUCCUGACAUGAAUAAUUGCCCAUACACAGAUAAACUCCUAUUGGCUUCACAUCAAUGGCAAUGAAGGCAUAAAUAGUUAUUUUCAGUAUUACAUUCAUUUUAAUUGGAUUUUGUUAAUUAAGAAACUAUUAUUGUACUGUAAUUCAAUAUUGGCAACCCUUUUUUAACCUGCCAUAAACUGCCAUUCUUCCUCUUUGAACAAAGAGGAUGUGGACUGUGAAUGUUAUUUAUUCCAUUGUGGUUGAUACUGACAAUAGUAGUAUUGGUAUUUCAUUUAUCUUAGUGGUGACUGUCUGUUUACUGUAUUUGUGUGUGAGUGCUUGUCUUUGUGCUUUGUGUGAGAGUAAGUAUGAUGAUCACAGAUUAGGAACAAAAUCCAUGGAUUUGUGGGGUAAUACCAUGGAUAUUCAACAUUAAUACCACAGAUCUAUACUUCUAUACUUAAUACCAUGGGUAUUCUACUAUACUUAAUACCAGUGGUGUAAAGUAUUUAUGUUUAAAUACUUUAAAGUACUACUUAAGUAGCCUUUUUUGGUAUCUUUACUCUACUUUUUUUUUUUUGACAACUUUUACUUCACUACAUUCCUAAAGAAAAUAAUGUACUUUCUACUCCAUACAUUUUUCCUGACACCCAAAAGUACUCAUUACAUUUUGAAUGCUUAGCAGGACAGGAACAUGAUCAAAUGCACACACUUAUCAAGAGAACAUCCCUGGUCAUCCCCACUGCCCGAUCUGGCGGACUCACUAAACACAAAUGCUUCAUUUGUAAAUUGUGUCUGAGUGUUGGCGCGUGCCCCUGGAUAUCCGUAAAUUACAUUUUAAAAACAAGUAAAACAUGCUGUCUGGUUUGCUUAAUAAGGAAUUUGAAAUUAUUUAUACUUUGACUUUUGAUGCUUAAGUAUGUUUAAAACCAAAUACUUGUAGACUUUUACUCAAAUGUUAUUUUACUUGGGGACUUUAACUUUUACCUGAGUAAUUUUCUAUUAAUAUAUCUUUACUUUUACUGAAGUAUUACAAUUGGGUACGUUUUCCACCACUGCUUAAUAUCAUGGUUCCGUUCCACAGGAAGAGCAGUAAAACAAAUAUAGGAAACUACAGGCCUGUGACGAUCCUCAGCACCUUUAUCCAAAGUUGUUGAGAGAUUAGUUUUUAAUCAUCUUGAGGGAUACCUUCUCGAGCACAAACUUCUUUAUGAACUCCAAUCUGGCUUUAGAACAGUUUAUCCACCUUUUUGACCACAUCUAGCAGGAAAGUGAGAAGGGGAACUACAGGUAUGGUCAUGUUAGAAUUGCAGUAAGCUUUUGACACUGUGGACCAUAAUAUUCUCCUAAUGAAACUGAAAUGCAUGCGUCUAAAUGAUGUAGCAGUGAAUUGGUUUAGGUCUUCUCUGACCAACAGAACACAAGAAUGUAAUGUUGGUGAUGUUCUGUCAGAAGCCAAAUAAAUAUCCUGUGGAGUACCGCAGGGAUCCAUUUUAGGGCCUCUCAUUUCUUAUAUACGUUAAUGAUAUGCCAGGUACAGUAAAUUGAAAACUCCUGCUUUAUGCUGACGACUCAGCCAUACUGGUAUCAGGGAAGGAUAUAAUUUACAUAGAGGAGACCAUCAGGAAGGAAUUGCAUUUUGUUAGAGAUUGGUUGACUGACGACAAAUUGUUGUGACAUUUGGGAAAAACUGAAUUGAUUUUGUUUGGAACAAAACUUAGAUUGCUUAGGGCUGACAAGAUAAAGGUAAACUGUGCAGGCAAGGAGAUUGAAUCUAAAACAAGUGUGACUUAUCAUGGUGUGUCCCUAGAUCAAUCCAUUUCUGGAGACCUGAUUGCUGCUAAAAUGGUGAACACAUUUUAAUUGUUAUAUGGGUAACACCAGAUAUUUUAACAUUUACAUUUAAGUCAUUUAGCAGACGCUCUUAUCCAGAGCGACUUACAAAUUGGUGCAUUCACCUUAUAACAUCCAGUGGAACAGCCACUUUACAAUAGUGCAACUAAAUAUUUUAGGGGGGGUGAGAAGGAUUACUUUAUCCUAUCCUAGGUAUUCCUUUUAACAUCAAAGUCAAGAAACUGCUUGUCUCAACCUUCAUUCAGUGUCAUUUUGAUUAUGCUGCUCUGCUUGGUAUAGUGGGCUAUCAAAAAAACUGAAAAAGAGAAUGCAGGUUAUGCAAAAUAAUGUUAUCGGGUAUAUGCUAAAUGUCCCCCCCUAGGACCCGCAUGCAGAGUGGACCAACUUAAACUUAAUCAUAUGUUUGACAUCUUAAAUGACCGGGCCCCAGGUUAUAUGAAAAAACCCCACAUUUAUAUGGUCAAUAACCGACACAGUUACAAUACCAGAGUUAGUGUUAUGUCUUGUAAAAUUGUCUAAGUAAGAGAAACCCCUCCACUGCCCCUUGUGCCCCCUACUGCUGGUCAGGUGUAUUUAUUUGAAUGAUAGGUAUGAAAAUAUUGUUUUAAUGUGAUUUUUAAAGUUAGGGGAAAAUGCAUUGAGUAGUGCCACUUUUUAGUAUGUCAAUAUAAAUGUAUGUAUUUAUGGUUGUUCGUAAUUUUGUCUUGCCUUUUCAUCAUUAUAUUAUUGUUAUUGUUUUACCAUCGAGGACCACUUUGGAAACAAGUGUUUUAAUUAAUACUUUCAAGUGAUAUCCUCUGGGUUCACAUUGUACAUUUUGUUGUAUAUGUCUGUUACCCAAAAUUAAUUAAAUUCAAUGGAUAUUCUUC